GCAGGCGCAGUGUUCAUGUGAGGCGGUAGACCAGCGAGGUUAGCUUUUGAUCACAGCACAAGGGCUGCAGAGUUACGGUGUACUUCCUUUGGUUUGAUCCGGCAAACACUUUAGGCGAUUUGAUUAUGUCAACGAGUGACUUUUAUUUGAGAUACUAUGUUGGGCAUAAGGGCAAAUUUGGCCACGAGUUUCUGGAAUUUGAGUUCAGACCCGACGGCAAGUUGAGGUACGCCAACAACAGUAACUACAAAAACGACGUGAUGAUCAGAAAAGAGGCCUAUGUACAUAAAAGUGUUAUGGAAGAGCUAAAGAGGAUCAUUGACGACAGCGAGAUCACUAAGGAAGACGAUGCACUGUGGCCGCCUCCUGAUAGAGUUGGCAGACAGGAGCUUGAGAUUGUCAUUGGGGAUGAGCACAUUUCUUUCACAACUUCAAAGAUUGGCUCCUUGAUCGAUGUCAACCAGUCCAAGGAUCCAGAAGGCCUCAGGGUGUUUUACUACCUGGUGCAAGAUCUGAAAUGUCUCGUCUUCAGUCUGAUCGGCCUACACUUCAAAAUCAAGCCCAUUUAAGAUGAUAAUAAUCUCGUUGGAAUUGUUUUAGUUACGAGUUCGAGCCUGUAUGACGUUUUGUAUAUUACUUUUGAUUGUUUUUUAUUUUAAAUAAAUGAUUGAGAAAA